GACUGCCCAUCACGAGAAGGAAGCCCCUGGAUCGGAUCCUCUGCUUCCCAGGUCUGUUACUUGCCCUCUUCCCCCCCUGGCCAAGCUGAUCGGCGUGACUGCUCAACUGUACUGUUCCAAACUUUCCUUUCACGUGUGUGGGUGCUUGUGCAUGCGUGCGUGUGUGCAGAGCAGCAGGCCAGGGUAGGAGCAUGCGGUGACCGGGGCCAGGGCGCUGUGCCGGGCGUGCGCUCUCCAGCGUCGCGUCUCGGGUGAGUCCUUCCUCGGGGAGGGUGUGGGGUUUGGGGUUUGGCUAGGGGAGGGAGGACUCGUGGUGCGCGCGCGGGCUCCUGUCUGGGCACGCGCACGCUCUGCUCCGGGCUUGUGAGUGUCUGUCUGUCUGUGUGUGUGUGUGCAUGUGUGUGUGUGCAUGCAUGUGUGAGUGUGCACUCUGUGUGUUGGUGCACGCGCCCGCGCGCAGGAAGCUCGAGAUUGGAGAUUGGAACCUGCUCUCUCUGGGCUGCCCCCGGACCAGGAGCCCCGGCCCUGGCAGGUCCCGGGCCCUGACAUCCAGCCUACCAGCCCGAGGAGGAGGAAGAAAAAGAGGAGAUGCCGGGGCCACUCUCUUCCAGGUCCAGAGGCCAGAAUUGCUUUCUCCUUGACCCAUGGUGGACUCUUGAACUCUGAGGAGGGUCAGCUUUUCCACUUCAGUCCUCUCCCUCCUCAGAUCCAGCCCGUCUGUGGCUGAGUAGGUGCCCACACCGCGGGGCCUGCGGGAGCAAUGGGAAUGAGUCGGGGCAGACUCUGGGCGACCAGCCGCUGCCUCUCGCGCCCGCCCAUCCCCGUCAGACGUGGGCAACCCCAGGCCACGAUCAGCGCUCUACGGACAGCGAGGCCCGCGGCUCAGCUCAGAGUGGCUGACCCCUAAGGAGUCCCUGCUCCGGCCUCCGGCCCCCGCCCCAGGCCAGCGAUGUUCGAAGGGGAGUGAGCGGGCUGCUGAGUGACUCCAUGGCUCGGGCCCGGGGCGCCCACUGAGCCCGGGCCGCCCCUCCCCAGCCCAGCCCUCCGCCCGCCGCCGCCAAGAUGGUGAUGUCCCAGGGCACCUACACCUUCCUCACCUGCUUUGCCGGCUUCUGGCUCAUCUGGGGGCUCGUAGUCCUCCUCUGCUGCUUCUGUAGCUUCCUCCGCCGCCGCCUCAAGCGGCGCCACGAGGAGCGGCUGCGAGAGCAGAACCUGCGCGCCCUGGAGCUGGAGCCCCUGGAGCCCCUGGAGCCUUUGGAGCUGGAGGGCAGCCUGGCCGGGAGCCCCCCCGGGCUGGGGCUGGCCCCCGGACUGGCCCCGCAGGCCCGAGUCCGUCUGGAGGCCCCCGGCCAUCCCCAUGCCCUGCAUCACUCGGCCCCACCACAGCACCAGCCCCACCCAGGCCACCAUCACCCGCAUCCACCCCACUCGCACUCGCACCCGCACCCGCACCCUCAUCCGCACCCGCCUCACGUCCUGGUGCCGCCCCGGCCCUGGAGCUACCCGCGCCAAGCCGAAUCGGACCUCUCCAAGCCCCCGUGCUACGAGGAGGCGGUGCUGAUGGCCGAGCCACCGCCGCCCUACAGCGAGGUGCUCACCGACACGCGCGGCCUCUACCGCAAGAUCGUGACGCCCUUCCUGAGCCGCGACAGCUCCGAGAAGCAGGAACAGCCACCCAACUACAAGCCGCUCUUCCUGGACCGAGGCUACUCCUCCGCGCUGCACCUGUCCAGCGCCCCGCGGCCCGGCCCUCCCUGCCCAGCCCUCUACCUGCAGGCCGAGCGCUCCCGCCGUGUCUUCCCCAGCUGGACCGACUCGGAGCUGAGCAACCGCGACCCUCUGGAGCACGGAGCCUGGCGCCUGCCGGUCUCCAUCCCCUUGUUCGGGAGGACUACAGCCGUAUAGAGGGGGCGGCCCGAGCCCCUGCCCCCCUUCACCCCCUCGGUCCCACCCCAGGGGCUGAGCGCCCGGACCGGAGCCAGCGCUGCCCCGCUCCCUGCCCAGUCCCGCGCCUUCCUCCCCUUCUCCUUCCCCGAGGGCAGGCCAUUCAGACUUUUAGGCCUCGGGGAUUUUUAAAAACAAAAAACGCUUCCCUGGGACUCGGGGCUAUUUCUUACCCUGUUUGUUACAUUUUGAGGAUAAUAAAGGUGUGUGAUCGGCUUUGGUA